AUGGCUGCGAGAUUCCAAAUGAAUACAAAACGUUUAAUAUCCAUUUUAAAAAAAAGGAAAAAUGGAACCUUCCCAUUUUUACAAAAAUAUUAUAUUCACAACAUACCCAGAAUCAAUACCAUGAAACAUAUGAACAUUUCAGAUCUUCGAAGAAAUAUUGAAGUGUGUAAUAAAAAAAAUGUUAAGAACAAAAAUGUGUGGAGUAAUUUUUUAUAUAUUAUUAUAUUAAAAUUAUUUAAUAAAGAAAUAAAAAAUUAUGUGGAUUUUAUGAUUAUUUUAAAGUUUUUAAGCAAAUAUAUUAAGAUAGAAAAAAAAGUAUUACUUUAUAUAUGUGAACAAAUUGAACACGAAAUUUAUAAAUUUACAACCAGAGAUUUAACUUUAUUAAUACUUAUAUUAAGAAAAAAUAAUUUUGAUAAUAUUUAUUAUAUAAAUCUUAUUAGUAAAUCUAUAUUAAUGAAAAUGAAUAAAAAUAUGUCUUAUAAAGAUCUAGCUUUAAUUAUUUAUAGUUUAAGUAAAAAUAUAUAUUUAACAGAUGAACAAAUAUAUAAUAAAGAAAUAUUUAAUUUUUCCAUAUUAAAAUUUGAAAAUUAUUUAAAUAAUAUUAAUGUUAAUCUUCAUUCUUUAUCUUUAUUUUUCUAUUCUUAUAGUGUAUAUUUCAUCAACAAUAAUUAUUAUUAUUAUUAUUAUUUUCAUUCAUUCUUUAAUAUUAUUACAAAAUUUAUUAAUAUUAUAAACAAAAAUAUACAUUUAUACAAUUCCACAGAUUUAAUGUUUUUAUAUAUUGGAUCCUUACACAUACAUAAUAUGUGCACACCUAAUCAUGUGGAUCAAAAUAAAGAAGCAACAAAUAAUCAAAAGGAAAAUAUUAAUUAUCAUAAUGAUAAUCAUAACAUAUAUUUAAAUAUUCAUAACAAUUGUUAUGAUGACCGUUUGGGUUCAAAUGAUUAUUUAAACAUGACACAUUAUGAUAAAGGUGAAUACAAUCAACACAAUAAACACAAUAAACACAUUCAACGUAUCGAUAUAAAUUGCACCGAAUCAAAUACUAACAACCAACAGCUUAUACAAAUAAAAAAGGAUGAAAAAGAAAAUAAAUUAAUAACAUAUGAUAAUUCUAAAUAUAAUUUGUUAAAAGAUCCCUAUAAACAUAAUAUUCUUACUAAUAAUAAGAUAUCAAACAAUUACACAAAAUUAUGUAAGACGUAUGAUAACACACCUGUUAAAAGAGUUCAACAUAAUAUUGUAGAGAAAUAUGGUGAAAAAAAACAAAAUUUAAUUAAAAAUUUAAUAAUAAAUAUAAAAAAAACAAUAGAAGAAAAAUUAUCUUCUUUUAAAAUACAAGAAAUUGUAAAUAUAUUAUUUGUGUCAUUAAAUAAAAAUAUUAUUAUUAAUAAGAAAUAUUUUCAUUUUUUAAAUCAAGAUAAAAUAAAUAUACGAAAUUAUAUUAAUAUUUAUGUAAAUAUAAAUAAAAUAUAUUUAAAGGAUGAAGAAGAAAAAACUUCUCAUUGUAUCCUAAAAAUAAAAAAUGAUAACAAAAAAGAUAUAUUAUAUCAUGAUCAUAUGAAAUUUUUAUAUAAUUUAAUGAAUGAAAUUAUAUAUAGAAAUGAUUUAUUAAAUUUAAAACAAAUCAUAUUAUUACUAUAUGCUUUGAAAUUUAAUAAUUUUAUGUUUUUACAAUUUGAAAAAAUAAUUCUGAAAAGAUUUAUAUGCUUACCAAAAAAAGAAAUACAAAAAAACGGAAAAGAAGAAAUCAUGUUUUUAUAUCAAUAUUUAUUUGUAAGGACAUGCUUAUUUAAUGAAUUAAAAAAACAAAACAAUCUUUUUAUAUCUGAAGAUCAAUAUGAAAAUUAUAUUUAUAUCUCGGAAAAAUAUAAUGAGUCUGCUAAAUUAUAUAAUUCAUAUAACAUGCCAAAUAAUCUAACAGAAAAAAAUACUAAUCAUCAUGAUGGUAAGGAUAAUACAUUGGCUUUAUAUAUACAUGAUGAUCUCUUUUAUAUGAAUAAAAAAAAAAAAAGGGAUAGAUACAAAAUUUAUUUAUAUGACAAUUUUAUUUUUAAUUAUCCAGCUUAUUAUGUAGAACAAAAAAAAAAUCACAUUGAUCACAAUGAAUCUGUCAACAAUUUUGAUAAUAUGAAAUCAUUUAUACAAUUAAAAAAAAAAAAAAUAAAUAAAAUAAAUAACAACAACAACAACAAUAAUAAUAAUAAUAAUAAUAAUAAUAUAUAUAUAGAUAAAAAUAUCCAAAUGGUAAAUCAAAAUUAUUCUUGUACACAUAAUAAUGUAAUAAAAAAUGAAACUAAUGAUAUUUAUUCUAAUUCAACUGUACGAAACGAACAUACAAAUGAUAAAGUAAUAUUGAACAAUCCUGUUUUUUUUUAUAAUAAAAAAUUAAAUGUUAUUGAUUCUAUCGAUUUUGAAUAUGAACUUACAUGUUAUAAUUUAUAUUUAGAUAUAUAUAAAAUAGUUUGUUUAAAAUUAUUAACUUUAUUAAAAAAUCAUAAACUAUCAUAUUUACAAAGCAUAGAUAUCUUAUGUAUAUAUGAAAAAUUAAAUAUAAGAGAUUAUAGAAUUAUUAAAUAUCUUUAUAAUUUAAAAAAAGAACUACUAUAUUUAGAUAAUACAUAUUUAUUAAAAGUUAUAAAUAUUAUCGUAAAAUUUAAUCUCUAUAAUAUGAUAUCUUAUUUACAAAUUCAUAAAAUACUUACCUUUAUAAAUUAUAAUAAUAUAAAUGAAUCCAUACAAAUAUUAAAAUUAAUAGGUAUGGUAAUAUCUGUACAUAAACAUAACAAAUUAUCGCCUUUUCAUAUGAAUAACCUAAAUGUACAAAAUGCAGCGAAUUAUUUAUUUAAAAAUUUAUAUAAUCUACAAAAUAUACAAGAUUUAAAAAAAAUUGAAAUGAUGAAUGUGUAUGAUAAUUUAACAUUCAAGUUUUAUAAAUUAUUUAAAAAUAUCUUAUCCAUAAAUGUAAAAAGAUAUUUACAACAUUGUAAUAGUUAUAAUAAAUAUGAAAUAAAUACACACAGAAAUAAUCUUAAUCAAAAUGAACAACAUAAAUAUAUACACCAUAAUAAUGAUCAUAAUGAUGAUCGUAAUAAUGAUAAUAAUAUUAAUAUAAAUAAUCAUUAUAAUAAGGUUGAUGAUGAUGAUUCUUCUUCUUCUUCUUGUUCUUCUUCUUAUUAUUAUUAUUAUUACCUGAACAAGUCAGGUAAAAAUUUGGGAAAUAUUAAUGUACAAAAUUUGGAUGAUAUAAAUAUAAAUAAAAUAAAAGGUAGAUCAUAUGAAAUUAAAAAAGAUAAAAUUAAAGACAUCGGAUAUAUGAGAGUUACCAAGUUUUCAGAAUUAAUGAAAAGUAUGAAGAUGAUGAAUUACGAUGAGCAUUUUAAUGAUGAAUAUAGAAAUGUGUGUGAUGAGAUAUAUGAAGAUUUAUUUUUAAUAUAUAAUAAAAAUAUACAAGUAUAUAAAAAUAUAAAUAUAUGUAAUUAUACAUUUCCUAUGGCAAUAAAUUUGUUAACAUUAAAUAAUGAUGAGAACAUAUUAAUAAAUAUAAACAAAAGUGAUGAUAAUAAAAAAUUAAUAAAAGUGGAUAAAAAAAAAUUCCUUAUAGUAGAUAUUUUAUAUAAUUAUGAUUAUUAUUAUACUUUGACUGAAAGCAAGUUGGAUAAAUUAAAAGAAUAUAAUAUAUAUAUAUCAUAUUAUAGUAAUCACAUAAAAAAGAAAAAUAAAAAAAUAUUAAAUUAUAAAAAAUAUGCCUUACUAAAAUUAAUUAAAAAAAGAGGAUUUAAUUACAUUUGUAUUGAUGCAGAUACAUAUGUAAAAAAUAAAAAAGGCAAGAGUAAAGAUCUUUCAUAUGAAAUAAAUAAGUUAUAUAUAAACAAUUUAAUAUUAGAUAUAUUAAAAAGACAAAAAAAAAAUCAUACACACACACAAAAUAGAACAACAAAACAAAUAAAAAAUAUAAACAUAAAAAAUAAUUUAUUAUUAUAUCAUCAAAACAAAAAAAAUGUAAAGAAAAUAAUACAGUUCAAAAAUUAUAAAUAUAAAAUUAUGAACCUUCCAGAUCAACCUAAUCAUUAUCAUAAUAAAAGAAUUAAAUAUAUAAAGGAUAAAAGUUCGUUAGGAAUUAAUUAUAAAACAAAAAAUAUUAUAGAAAAGCAAAAAGUUUCUACAUCUAAUCAUUUAUCAAAAUUGAAAAGAAUGUUUUCGUUAUAA